AUGUUUCCCCAGCUCUUCAACUCAAGGACAGUCGUGAUCUCCGUCUCCUGCGCGGCGCUCGCGGCGGCAGCGGGGAUCCCCCAGACCCGGGGCGCCGUGCAGCUGGCGGUGAGCCCCCAGUGCGGGACGCUCGCAGCGGGCGUGCCCGUCGAUGUGAACGUCGGGCUCGCGCCGUUAAGCUCGUACAAAACGAUCGUCGCAUUCGGAGGCAAGUCGAUCUCCGGUUAUCGAGCUAGAUUGCACCGUGCUGAAUCGACCCUUGCAGACUCGUACACGGGCGGCGGCGCGACGAACGGCCCCACGUGGGUGGAGCUCCUGGCCAGAUCUGCAAAUGCGCAGUUAAUCAACUACGCGGCCACGGGAUCAGUGGUGGACACGACCCUAUGGCCCCACGCACCCGCGAUUCAGGCGGCCUCGGGACAGGACUAUGUGAACCAAGGUGUGUCGACCCGCUCGCGAGUACGGACAGCGCCUCAGAUCCGACCAGCGAGGACCCUCGAAUCAACAAAAACGCUCGACCCUGCCUCGACGCUAUAUGUCAUGUUUUACGGAAUAGAAGAUUACGCUGAAGCAGUCGCCACCGGAUUGACCGACAUGUCCAACAUCGCUGGGUCCUGGCUGUACACCACGCUCGGGCUCGAGGGCUCCGGCUCGACGCUCAUGCGCAACAUCCUCUUCGUCGACAACUACGGGCUCGGCAAGACGAGCGCACUGGGCGACACGUUCAAGCAGUACGUCUUCACCGCGCUCGGCACGGGCCACCGCCUCAACGGCUGGAACGCGGGCUUCGUGUCGCUCGACCGCGUGUGGGCGGGCGUGCUCUACGGCGCACCCGGGUACAAGGCGUUCGGGUACACGGACGUCGCCGGGAACUGCGUGCAGGGCAAUGCGACGUGCGCGGAUCCCGCGCAUACAUUCAUGUGGUCUGCAGGGAACCCGACUGCUGCGACGCACGCGAUCAUGGCAGAGUAUGUGGAGAAGGCGUUGACACAGUGUGUGUCGAAGACGUAAUGAGAUGAAGGGACGCAGCCGAG